AUGGCGGUAGUGUCAAAGAAAAUCGAGCAAAUAUUAGGGACACUGGGAUUAAUGUACUUUCUGGGCAUUGUUUAUUUGGCACGAUCCUAUGACAGUAGUGGUCUCAGCACAUCAAGUAGCAGCAAACCAGAAGUAGCAACGAACUCUGAAAUACCCCCCCCGGCUGCAAACAGGGGACUACAAUUACGUGUCAAUAGCGCCACGACGAUGCAAAGCAAUGGAAGAAAUAAAUUGUUUGCGCCAGAUAACGAGCCUUGGGAGAAACGAUGCGCUCUGUUAUUCUUUGGACUGCCGAGGUCCUACAAAGACAUGGUAUUGCCCAGUUUGGAACAGUUUGUGCUCAAUUACAAUGCGAAAUACAAUUGCGAUGUUUUUGUUCAUUACUUUCAUCAACGAAAAGAAGCUGCCGGUAGAUACAAUGAUGGCGGUGAGUUGGAUCCUACCGAAGUAUUGCGAUUGGAACGAGCAGUACAUGCCAUGUAUCAACGGACCCACCCACUUCGCAAGCAACCGCCCACGCAAAACAUUUUCAAGGAACGCAAGUCGCCACCCAUAGUCAAGUUCAUUCAUGAUACCAACAAGACCUUUUAUAGAAAACGAGGCGAAAUACUGAAGCACUACCAUAAGACCAAGGACAAGGAAGGCAAUCCGUUGUUCUUUCCUUGGAAGAACAAGACUUGGAAGAAAUCCAGUCUAGACAAUGUUGUCCGACAAUGGCAUUCCAUUCAGGCCGUAUUUGAAUUGAUGGAUGAAUAUUCUCGGACGAACCAUGUGAAUUAUACCCGGGUCGGUAUGUUACGGAAUGAUGUCAUGUUUCUGGCGCCAGUAGACAUUCUGCGAUUGGACAAUGGGACCAUGGAUACCGACAACAACCAAAUGGUGGUCUGUCCCUUUGGACGAUACCCCGUCUGCGAUCGUAUGGUAUAUGGUCCAUACUUGGGUGUCAAGAUAUGGGCGACCUACCGAUUCCAGCUGAUUGAAGAAAGAGUCAAGUCCAAUCUGGAUCCUGGAUAUGGCAUGCACUCGGAGCGAUUCUUGAACGAUUCCAUUAUUCCGUACGUUGAAGAGAACUUUGGAUACCACAAACACAUCAACUAUGAUAUUUGCUUUGUCCGAACCCGACCUGAUAAUGUGGCGCUGGUGGACGACUGCAUCAUCAAGGGUAGCUCGAGAGGAUGGGAUGAAAUCAAUCGUACGGAAGCCAUCGAAAAAGUACUUGGGUUCAAGUGCGAAGAGACAGAGGUAGACGGAAUCGCCUCGAACAUGUUCUAUCUGUACUGCUAG